CUACAUUUUACGCUUUCAACGGACAAUCAUAGUUCGCAUAACGGUUAAAGCAAUAAUUUCACAAGUAAGAUAACUCUGACAGCAGAGAUAACAUCAUUUAAAUGCGCUCAAGCAUAGUGGUCACGCGGGGCCCCAACUCCGGGUGCUCUUGCGCAGUGUCCUGUAGAAUAACAGCUAGGCUAUAGGCUACACGGCUGUGCACGUUAAGAUAGCCUACCAGCCUGACAUUUUCAUUCUGCGCAGUUCAUUUAUAGAAACCUAGUCACAACGCCUGCUGAAUUUGGAGGUUGUGAUUUCUUGGGUGCAUUUUUUACGGUCUCACUCUGACUCUAUUCUCAAUCAGAUAUUAUUAGGGCGCUGUGUGAGUGAUGUGGGUUCCUCUCUAGGAAAACAGUUGCACCGGUCAGGCAGCAGGUAAGCAGGAUCGAGACGCAGGCAGCUGUCCCGUUAACUGGGCAGUCUGCAUCACGCGUACAGAUGCUCUUCUAGUAGCCUAUUUAUGUAAAUGAGCUAAACACACAUCUCAAGGAUAUGUUUACUGGAAAGAAGGCACUAGGUUACUGUCUUUUCACGUUUUAUGCCACUAAACUCGCGUACCGGGGCCGGCGCCAGGUUUAUUACCUUUGACAGCUCGCGCAAGCGUCACUGACUGCUGUCAUUCUCCACGGUAUGUACUUGUCUCUCUACGGUAUCUAUUUGUCAUUCCUCGAGGCGUAGUAUAUAUUUCAGACGCGUCGAAGAAAACCGUAUACCGUGAAGUCCUGUCUUUUUGAGGAUUGAAAGAAAGCGUAGAUGUUUCUGUCCGUAUCUUGGACCGAUUCAAUUGGAUAAGUCUAUUUUACCAUGCCCUGCCUUGCGCCAGUUUAAGACCGAUUCCUUGUACACAUUUCAGAUAAAAGGUUGAUGGAUCAAAUGCAGCAUAAACAAAGCAGCACAGAUCCAGCCAGACCAUCUGGACAACCUGGGAGGAAUACUUUUCCAGCACCUGCUCUACCCCGGCGACCAACAGCUCAGGACACCUCUAUCCCCAGUCCCACAGGGGGGUCUGGGAAACUCCCAGGACUGGCCUCAGGUGUACGUCAGAUGCCAGAUCAGGUGAGGCUGGAGCAUGUACAACCUGGGUCCAGUCCUGCAGUUCCAGUCUAUUUCAGCCGUCCCAGACCUACUGCACUAAAUUCCUCCAGAGAUUCAGAGGCUGAUAUGAAGGAUAAGGCCUCUAUUCCAAACCGCAUUCCUGGACCACACAGCUCCAUCUCCCUGUCCCAGUCCCCUACAGAGUCUUCCCUGUUGUCCCACAGCCCUCAGAGUCCUCACAGCACUCAGCCUUACACCGGCCAGCCUUACCUCACCCCCCAGCCUAACCUGCCUCAGCCCUGCCUCACCCCACCAUCCAGCCUCAGCCCCAAACCAGGCUCCAGUCCACAGUCCCAGAGGACCAGCUCCCCUCUGGGUGCUAUGGAAAAUCAGCCACAGACUGAAGGAGAAACGGAUCACGGUUUCAGGGUGCACAUUGUCACAUGGAAUGUGGGCUCUGCUGUUCCCCCUGAUGACGUCACAUCUCUGUUUGGGCCGCAUGCUGGCGAUGGGAGUACAGACAUGUUUAUCAUUGGGCUUCAGGAAAUGAAUUCUAUGAUCAACAAGCGGCUGAAGGACGCUCUCUUCCACGACCAGUGGAGUGAGCUUUGCAUGGACACACUCAGUCGCUUUGGAUAUGUGCUGGUGGCGUCCCAGCGUAUGCAGGGGGUUCUGUUGCUGGUGUUCUCUAAAUUCUGCCAUCUUCCAUUCCUGAGGGGGGUGCAGACAGAGAAAACACGCACAGGCCUCGGGGGCUACUGGGGUAAUAAAGGGGGUGUAAGUGCGAGGAUGACGAUGUUCGGCCACCCGGUGUGUUUCCUGAACUGCCACCUGCCGGCUCACAUGCGGAACCUGGAGCAGCGCAUGGAGGACUUUGAGAGCAUCCUGCAGCAACAGCAGUUUGAUGGCGCGACCGCCUCGGGUGUGCUGGACCACGACGUGGUGUUCUGGUUUGGGGAUCUUAACUUCCGCAUCGAGAACUAUGACAUUCAUGUGGUGAAGAGUGCCAUUGACAGCAAUAAGCUCCCUUUGCUGUGGGAGCGAGACCAGCUCAACAUAGCUAAAAACAGUGAGUCCAUCUUAGAUGGCUUCUUGGAAGGCCCUCUCAAAUUCCCCCCCACAUAUAAGUUUGAUGUGGGGACACACACAUACGACACCAGCAGUAAGAAGCGAAAGCCAGCAUGGACAGACCGUAUCUUGUGGCGUCUGCGUUGUACGGGCUCCCCUGUUCCUACCCACAAUGCCGCUCUGCAGCGUGGCCUAACCUCGUGGCUGGGUGGGGCAACCAAGGUGGUGCAACACUCCUACCGCAGUCACAUGGGCUACACCUGCAGUGACCACAAACCGGUCUCUGCUGUCUUCUCAUUACAUUUCCCAUUCAAAGUGGACCUUCCUCUUGUAACGUUAGAGUAUGAGAAGGAGUGGACUAAAGUUUCUGAUGCUACAGUCAGAUUCACUGUGAGGUCCAACUUCCAGCGCAGCUCAUGGGACUGGGUUGCAAUAUACAAGGUUGGGUUCAAACAUCACAAGGACUAUGUAGCAUAUGUGUGGGCCAAGGCAGAUCAUGGGUCACAGGUAACAUUUACAGAGGAGGAUUUGCCCAGGGAUGCAGGGGAAUACAUUUUGGGUUUCUAUAGCAACAACAUGAAUACUAUUAUCGGAGUGACAUUGCCCUUUCAGAUCCAUGUUCCUGUGUGCAGCCCGACAGCCCCACCAGUAUGCCGCUCAGACAGUUCUGACGUCAGCUCGGAGGAUGACAGCACACUGGUCCUGCUGGCCCCUGCUAGCUCCCGCAGCCCAAGCCCUGGCAAAAGCAAACACCACCGCCGCAGCCGCAGUCCUGCUCACUCCAACACCCCCAUGCCCUCCCUGCAGGGCCUCAGCUUGCACCCUCGUCCCCUAGAGGUCCUACCAAGCAGCCGCUCGCCCUGCUCUGCAGCUAAGAAGGAGCGCCUGGUCUCCCCCCAGGACACACUGCCGUCGCCCAUCAGCCCACUCACGCCCCGCAGCCCUGUGUCACCCGGGGGUGGGGUCUCAGCCCCAGAGGCUCUGAUUGCUGCCAUCCUGGGGGAACACAGGCCAACUCAGGUCACCCCGACAGGGGGCAGGUCACCAGGCAAGACUGGAGAGACAAGUUUAUGAGAAGCCCAAGCAACAAUCUCUGUGGGGUCAUGAAUGUACACAGACAUUGAGAUAAGACUGUUGAAAUGAGGCCAGUAAAGACCAUAUGAUGAUAGAAUCUAGGGCUGAUAUGGUCCAUUAUUCUGAUGCUGAUCUGACCCCACACUGUCACUGCGCUCAUAAAAGCAGUGCAUUGUAUGACUUGUAGUUUGCAACAUUCCACAUGGUAGUGAACCAGUUGUCUCUGUUUCUUAAUCUACUUAUCAGUGACUUCAUCCCAUACAUACACUGUGUGUACUUUGGAGUCAGGAGCUAGUCCAAAUCGAUAACAGUCUAAGUCUUACCCCAAGAAGUGCUUUUGCAGACUCAUAUCAAUACUCUAUGCACACAAUAAAUGUAAAGCCAAAGCAAGAGUAAAUCUGCAAUGUACAGUACUGCUGUUGUUAUGGUAAGUUGAAAGGAUGUCUAUAUGCCCUACCCAUAUGGGCCGGAUCAUUUGGUGUGGUAUGAUAUCCAUCUUUCCAUGCCCCUUAGCGCCAACUGAUAUUAAACCACUUCAACCGGUUUGUUUCUGAAUCUCCCCCAUCUUGUGUAUAUGUGUGUAGAAUUGUACAUGUUUGAGAGAAAAAAAACAUUCCUGUCUUAUUUUCAGAGUGAUAAAGGAUUCUAAUGAUUUAGUGGUUUGUUUUGGUUGUGGACAUAUUGGUUGUGUGAGGAAAAUAAAAUGAUAAUCCUGAGAAAAAUACUAUAGAUUUUUGAUAUCAUCCACAGAACAUUCAAUGGGACAGUUCGUAAUUAUAACGUGCAGAGUCCACACAGGCUAAUGGCCAAUCCUCAAACAGGGCUUUAGUUUUUUGAGAUAUCCCUACCCAAGGUAGAACAAAACAUAGCCAUGUUUUUUCACAUCUCUUGUCUCCAAUUUAUGAAAUGGAUGGGUGUGUAAAAAUAUUUUACUGCAAAACCAGUUAAAUUGAUAGAAAAUAUGACACACAUCCUAAACUCCAAAAGUGCAGAAUAAUGCCGAGCUGGAGAGGGGAUCGGCUGCAUAAGUUCACAGAACCCAAUAUUGCAAGUUUUAAUACUGAUAAAAUGUGGAAUACACAUAGUCUGUUGCCUGCCCUACAUACAAAAACAGCAUAAGGAUUUCUUGAAGCAUUUUGGAAGUAUAGACCUUUAAAUCAUUACCAACUAAAAAAAUUAUGAUGAAUGGAAGCUUUUGUUUUUGGGUAGCUGAUUAAUAGACAGCUUUCCAAGUAAAAUAAGCUCUUAUUCAGUUCUAUAUGGUCCUGCCUGAAAUAAAUAAAUGAAGUGCCUUCAUAAAGUAUUCAUACCUCUUGGCUUAUUCCACAUUUUGUUGUGUUACAGCCUAAAUUCAAAACUGAUUAAUUGAAAGUAAAAACAUAUUUUUAGAAUUUCUUUCAAUUACAAAAAAAAAAAAAAGAUAUACAGAAAUAUCCCACCAUUGGCAGCGAUUACAGCUUUGCGUCUUUCUGGGUAAGACUCUAAGAGCUUUGCACAUCUGGAUUGUACAAUAUUUGCACAUUAUUAUUUUUUACAAUUCUUCAAGUCUUGCCGUAGAUUUUACAGCCGAUUUAAGUCAAAACUCUAACUAGGCCACUCAGGAACAUCCAAUGUCAUCUUGGUUGGCAACUCCAGUGUGAAUUUGGCCUUGUGUUUCAGGUAAUUGCCCUGCUGAAAGCUGAAUUUGUGUGUUGUGAAGCAGACUAAACCAGGUUUGUGUCUAGGAUUUUGCUUGUGCUUAGCUUUAUUCAGUUUCUGCAUUAUCCUAAAAAACGCCCUAGUGCUUGCCGAUGACAAGCACACCCAUAACAUGACUGUCACGUCCUGACCAUAGAGAGUCCUUAUUUUCUAUGGUGGAGUAGGUCAGGGCGUGACUGGGGGGUUAGUCUAGUUUAUUAUUUCUAUGUGGGUGUUCUAGUUUUCAUGUUUCUUUGUUGGUGAUUUGUAUGAUUCCCAAUGGUAAUCGUUGUCUCUAAUUGGGGAUCAUAUUUAAGUAGUGUUUGUUCCCACCUGUGUUUGUGGGAUAUUGUAUUUUGAGUAAGUGUAUGUAGCACCUCUGUAGUCACGGUUCGUUGUUAGUUUAUUGUUUAUUGUUUUUGCUAGGUUUCACUAUUAAUAAAUUAUGUGGAACUCAACA